AUGUUUUUGUACUUAAUUUCGUUUAAAAUUGUCACAGUUAGUGAAACCUACUCUGAUCCACGAGAAGAGUUUAAGAAACGUGAAGAGGAUAUGCGAAUAAAAAUCAAACAGAUGAAUGAGCAAAUGUCGAAAUUAAUGAUCGAGCAAGAGAUGGAAGAUCUUGGCCCAGAAUCAGGGGCAGGCAUACAAUACAAUGAGUUUAGUAUUUCCAGUAUUUAUCCAAAGAAACUCGCAGCAAAUGAAAAAACAGAUGUAUUAUUAUUCGUUGAACCUAAAAUAAAUCAUACCGUAUACUGCAAAUUCGGCUCAAUUGUUAAACAUGGCAUUAUUGGACUUAAUAAUAGCAUCAAAUGCCAAUCCCCUGCUUUACAGAUUGGAGAAAUCUAUAUCCAAGUAUCAAACGAUCGAAGGAAAUGGAGUCUUCCAAUCCUUGUUCAGGUUUACGAUCCGAAUGCCCCAACAUAUAACACUCCAAGCGCAUUAAUUUUCAUGGGUGUUGCUGUAGCUGGUUAUAUUGUAUACAAACUGUAUACAAGACACCAGAAAGCCAAGAAAGGCGCAAAACAUAAAUACGAAGACGAUUUAAACGAUCAAUACGAUGAAAGACCAACAAAUACCAAAAAAUACAAAGAAACGAAGCAGAGAGAAAUUACUCUUUAA